UCAAGCAUCAAACGCCGUGUUGUCGUCAUAAGACGUGCUUUGUCGGCGAUGGCUCGCGAUCCCAGCUUGGUUCUCGCGGUUGAGGAGGUCAGCUCCCACUACGUCUUUCAAACUCUUGCCAGCCGGUGCAACAUUGAGGCGCUGAACUGCUCCAGCUUGUCCGAGCUGAUGAGCUUCUCCGCCAAAGAUCCCGUGAUGGUCAUCACCGACAACAUCGACUGGUUGCAAAAGCUGAAAGGCACCUCUGGGACCCAGGGGAUCUUUCUGAUCGACGCUACUUGCUCGGGCUGGGACUGGGGGUGCCAGCAUGAGCUGCUGCCCUCCUGCUCCCUGGAGGACUUUGAGCAGAGCUUGAGGCAUGGUGCCCGCUGGUUGGAACAGCAGGCUUGAGCCGCCCGCCAGCGAGGUAUCGCUCAGCUUGCCUGAGUCCUGAGAUUCCCUUGCCAUGCACAGGGGCGAGGGGCUUGGGGUAUCAUGGAGCCUUGGUGGAGUUUGUGGAGCGACGGCCUUUGCAGAGGCCCAUCCCCGAAUGAUUUGCAAAGUCCCCUUAGAUUUUCGUGGAACAGCACGAUAACAUGCUUUUAGCUGCAUCGACAUUCGAUGCUGCCGGGUUUCAAUUCGGGCGACCCGCGGGCUUUGCUGUUUGUUUUGCGGCCUACCCGACAUGGAAGUGCAAGGGGUUUUAAUCUCUUGAGGUAAUGCAUGGCGGCACCGCAGCAAGCCCUGUGAACAAGCACAGCCGGCGUGCCAACUUCAGCGCCGCAUUGCAAAAGCCAAGCAAGCUGGGCGUGCAGCUGAGCGCCAGUAGGCGUCUUCUACCUGCAAGCAGCUUGCGUCUCAGGCACGCAAAUGUAGUCUGC